AUGUCUAUCCUACCCAUCGAGGUCUGGGAGAAUAUAAUUGACUACUUGUGGAAUGAUACCGAUGCCCUAGAGAAUUCACGAUGGAAACUUGUGAGCACCCAUAAUGAAUGGAAGGGGCCUAAAAAUGUCUACGUUGUAGGCAAUGCAGACUGCUAUGAGCCUACAGCAGCAUCGAAGCCCAUUCCUCAUCUGGCCACUCUCCUUUCCAUGUUUGCGGGAUGCUGGACGCACACUGCGAUGCUCUCUAUUCAGUUCGCAUUAUGGCGGACAGAGGAGCUGCCACCCAGGACCUUUCUUCAUCUAUCGGCAUUUACAUCAAUCCAUACCCUGAAGUUGACAAAUGUUACGUUCGCGGCGGUCAAGAUGUUUGGCCAGCUCACCUGCUCACUGCCCAGGCUCCGAAGGCUGGAUUGUCAUGGAGUGAAGGUUUUGGACACACGCCAUAAUAGUCAACUGCUCUCGAGACAUGCUGCUUCCGUCAAGCUUCAGGAGCUCCAACUGGACGGCCCAUCCGAUCGUGCCGUAAUCAAACUCCUCUUGGAUUCUGGGAUGAUUGCAUUUGCUCAUAAUAUCACGCUCCAAUCUCUGAGGCCCAGCGAUACGGUCAAAUGUCAGCUACAGCGCUUGCUCUGUGACGUUUCCACGUCUUUGCGUGUGCUCACGAUCAAGUUGGUUGCAAACGAAGGGAGCGAGGAACACCGUGCGGACAGCAUCAUAGGCACGAUUUCCCACCAUAUUUUGGAGAAUCAUCUCCAUUGGGACUAUACGCCCCCCUCUGUGAUGAGGACACUCGACUUGCUUGGAUGCCUCAGGUUCUCACGCACAUCACUUCGCGGCGGUUGCAUGAUGUUCUCCUCGACUUCGACCUACGGUGCUAUCCUCAUCCCACAAUCUCUACAGUUCUCUCCGCCAGCCUCACUCCGACCCUGUUCUGCAUCCAAUUAUGGCCACCGCCAGGGUGCCAAUGUGCGGGAGGAUCAGAGGGCCCAUGGAACGAGAUCAUGCAAUUGCGUUUCCCUAAGUUGCGCGAUCAAGGCAUUCUGUGGUGGUGACACGAGCAUCGUUCGAGCCAGUGCGGACAAUUUAUUCAUUCGCGGGCACGGUCACGUCCGGAGCUGCGCAUACACAUUUCUCGAACGGGUAAAGGGCUUGGAGGAUCCAGAAUUGCGCCAACCAGCGGUGGGGGUCACCUUGUCCCUGAGACAGUUAGAUGCUCACUUUCCAGACUGA